AUGUCUACUCCAGCUCACAACUACAAAGUUGCCGACAUCUCCCUCGCUGCCUUUGGUAGAAAGGAAAUUGAACUUUCCGAACAUGAAAUGCCAGGUUUGAUGGCUAUCAGAAAGGCUUACGGUGAUGCUCAACCAUUGAAGGGCGCCCGUAUCGCUGGUUGUUUGCAUAUGACCAUUCAAACUGCCGUUUUGAUUGAAACCUUGGUUGCUUUGGGUGCUGAAGUCACCUGGAGUUCCUGUAACAUUUACUCCACUCAAGACCACGCUGCUGCUGCCAUCGCUGCUUCUGGUGUUCCAGUUUUUGCCUGGAAGGGUGAGACUGAAGAAGAAUACUUAUGGUGUAUUGAGCAACAACUUUUUGCUUUCAAGGAUGGUAAGAAGUUGAACUUGAUUUUGGAUGAUGGUGGUGACUUGACCACUUUGGUUCAUGAAAAACACCCAGAGAUGCUAAAAGACUGUUAUGGUUUAUCUGAAGAAACCACUACUGGUGUCCACCACUUGUACAGAAUGGUCAAGGAAGCUAAGUUGAAGGUUCCAGCCAUCAACGUUAACGACUCUGUUACCAAGUCCAAGUUCGACAACUUAUAUGGUUGCAGAGAGUCUCUAGUUGAUGGUAUCAAGAGAGCCACUGACGUUAUGUUGGCUGGUAAGGUUGCUGUCGUUGCCGGUUACGGUGAUGUUGGUAAGGGUUGUGCUGCUGCUCUUAGAGGCAUGGGUGCUCGCGUCAUUGUCACUGAAAUUGAUCCAAUUAACGCUUUACAAGCUGCUAUGGAAGGUUAUCAAGUUGCCCCAAUGGAAGAAGUUGCUUCUAUUGGUCAAGUCUUCGUUACCACUACUGGUUGCAGAGACAUUAUCACUGCUGACCAUUUCUUGGCUAUGCCAGAAGAUGCCAUUGUUUGUAACAUUGGUCACUUUGACAUUGAAAUUGAUGUCGCCUGGUUGAAGGCUAAUGCUAAGGAAUGUGUCAACAUCAAACCACAAGUUGACCGUUUCUUGCUACCAACCGGUAGACACGUUAUCUUGUUGGCUGAUGGUAGAUUGGUUAACUUAGGCUGUGCCACUGGUCACUCUUCCUUUGUCAUGUCCUGCUCUUUCUCUAACCAAGUCUUGGCUCAAAUUGCUUUGUUCAAGGCUCACGACAAAGAGUUCAGAUCCAAAUACGUCGAGUUUGCGAAGACCGGUCCAUUUGAAAUUGGCGUACACGUUCUACCAAAGAUCUUAGAUGAAGCUGUUGCUAAGUUCCACUUGGACAAGUUGGGUGUCCGUCUAACCAACCUUUCUGAUGUUCAAUCUGAGUACUUGGGUAUCCCAUCUCAAGGUCCUUACAAGGCCGACCACUACAGAUACUAG